AUGUCUUCCCUCGAUCGCGCUUGUGUCAGAAUCUCCGGCCGUCGUCAUCUUUCUAAUUCCAAGGAUAGGAGUGGGGGUCGGUUGAUAACUCCGGUUAGAGUGGCCGCUGGGAGGUUGAUGAAAUUGUUUCAAGGGUUGACGAGUGCAAGAACACUUGAGCUGCAUUUGGAUACCUUCGAGAUACUGGAAAGUAUUCACGAAUCAUUUGAAUUCCAGACUUCUCCUUUUACUCGACUAAAGACUUUGGCCAUCAAUGUAGAGUGUAAAGAGAAAUCAUUUGACAUACCUUAUUCAUUGUCACGCUACUUCUUCGGGAAUCCUUCCAACAAAGAAACAAAUAACGCUACCCUAUCAAAUGGCAACCAUGGUUGAAGAAGCAAUGGAAAUGGUGAGAAUUGAGGGUUAACUCAAUGAGUCAAAGGCGUUUGAAGUAUGAUCUCUUCGUAUGGACUUGCCCAUAUAUACAAGUUGGGAAUUUGAUGAGUAUAAUUUGAGAGGCACAUAUAUCACCGUGGUACAGGGUGGUAACUGGUGGUAUACGUUGAUGAGAGGUAGUAAAUGACGGUUAAUAUAUUUCUACUAUCAUGUGUGCAAUUAUUCUAAACUUUG